AUGAAUCGUUCGAGAACAGGAUACCUAAAGGAUGAUUACUCAAGUUUUUCAUCACCUUAUCUGCAUCUCCCAGCAUUCCAGCAUUCAAGAAGCCCUUUGGUGGAUAAGGAGCACUUCUUGCCCAUGCAUGGAACAGGCCAAGAGCGAUUACCAGAAAACAUGAGAAAAAUUCUGAUCCCAGUCGCCCCCUCUCAGACACCUGCGACUCCCCGCAAGCGAACCCGUGGUAUUAUAGUGAUGUGUAAACUAAAUAAGAUGCUAGUUAGAGUACACAAAGGUUUUACGGCGUAUGUGGAACCGCAGUCGUUAACCCUUGGAACAUGCGAAGUCAACAAAUUAACAAAGCACUAUUUUUUCUUUCUGUACGGUCUGAACCAAUGUGGUACCAAAACCAAGAGAAUAAAUAAUCGCAUGGUGUACUACAACACACUUCGCUACGCUCCGAUGAUGACUAUGGGCCCAGUUAGACGAGUAACGCCCUUCUCCCUCUCGAUAGAGUGUCACUUCAACAGAUAUCACUACUCAUACAAAAUUGGAUACAUGCCCAGGGUUGAAAUCCAGGAAGUGUAUAAGCCAAUGAAAAACAUGGCCAACUUCACACUCACUCCAUCUAAUGCUCAGUGGGAAAGCAUUAGCCCUUCAGAGGGUUACAUUAUUGGACAUCCAAUGUACUUUGUGGCAAUGGCACCAACUGUCUCUGAAGGAAAAAGGCUUUAUGUCCCCUCCUGCUAUGUGACACUCAGCCGCUCUCACACGUCAGCUCCACGCUUCAUGGUCAUUAACAACUUUGGGUGUUUAACUGACAGUAAAAACAGCAGUCAGUCCCAAUUCUUUGCCAGUGAAAAGAACUCCCUGAGGUUUUCCACAGGUGCAUUCCUGUUCCAAGGAACAAUGCAGAAGCAUCUUUACAUGCAUUGUGAAAUGACAGUUGAGAGUGAAAGUCCAACACCAACUGCUAAGUCCUGUGCGUUUAACCAAAGGACAAGCAGAUGGGAAGAGCUGAAUGGUUCUAAUGACGUCUGCUCCUGCUGUGACUCAAAGUGUCCAUCAUCCGACCCUGAUGCCUCCCAUAAGGUUAUCAGCAGUGGUCCCUUUUCUUCGGACCAUCAUGUGAAGUCGCUUGAGGUGGAGGUGACUAAGCCACCUUUACAACCUGGUGAGGAGGUGCACGCCAGUGUCACCACUGAGCCGUGGACGACUGCAGAGGACAGUCAGGUGAAGGGUCUGGCGGUAGUGGAGGAGGAGGAGGAGGAGGAGAAAGUCCCAAAGACCCACCUGAUAUUUGAGGACGUCUUUGGUUUGGAUUAA